GUUCUCCACCUGCAGAGUUCUUGGCAUAAACAUUCUACUAUAAAAAUAGUGACGUGUAUUUCUGUACUGGAAAUCUCUGUGUAAUCCCUGGUCUAACACUGAGUGAUAAAUUGGGUUGCAAGAUUGGCCCUUAAAACAUGAGGCAGUGAAUUAUUUUAGAUCUUAUUUUCAAAGACUAAAUUGUUAUGUAAGCACCAUCGAUGGUACAUGUCUUGACUGAAAUUUUUGUCUUCUAACAGGCUUAGGAGAAAAGUGGUGUCUUAGUGGGUGUGCUAUAAGUGGCUAGUAUUACUGCUUCUCCUUUUGCCAGGUAUUAGCCCAAUAUGCUAAUAAAGAAAAUAUACAGUCCUAGAAGAAGGUGGUGUUGUCCUGGAAGCCAUGUUUUAUGAGGGGGGGGGAAAGCAUAUUGCUGUUUGAAGAAAACAUUCCCUUUGUUUUUGUUUUUUUUUAAACAGUGAUGUUCUUGAGUUCUUCCAAAAGCUUCUACUCUAAACUGGGACCAAAUGAGGAAAGAUUUCAGCCCAGGAGGAAGGCUGUUCAGCAAGUUGUAUAUCAUAAAAAUUUGAAUAUUUAUAAAUGAAAGUGCUGACACAGCCUUUUGCAUUUAUGGAAAAUGGCUAAAAUUCUGACUGGUGGGGUUAAAAUAGUUUCUUGCUCAAAUGAUGAAUGCAGGAGACAAAAUCUGAUCGUGUGCUCUCUGUGAUUUGCUGAAUCCCACAGAUAACAAAUAUGAUUACCUGCCUACAACAGUGAACAUAUGUUCUGAAGUAGUAAAACUAGUCCUGUGUGUGGUCUUGGCAGUAUGGGUUAAGAAAAAAGAGGGUUGUUUGGAUCAUCCCUUUGGAUGUCUUUCCUGGAGGAAUUUUUGUAAUUCCAUGAAAUGGUCAAUUCCUGCCUUUCUUUACUUUCUGGAUAACUUGAUUGUCUUCUAUGUACUGUCCUACCUACAGCCAGCAAUGGCUGUACUCUUCUCAAAUUUUGUCAUUAUAACAACAGCUCUUCUCUUCAGGAUAGUGCUAAAGCGAAAACUCUCUUGGGUUCAAUGGGCAUCUCUGGUGAUUUUAUUCCUGUCCAUUGUUGCCCUAACUCUGGGAACUGGAGGCCAUCAGCAAAGCUUGGCUGUACACGGAUUCCAUCACAAUAUGUUUUUUAGUCCAUCUAACCACUGCCUUCUCUAUGUUGGACCUGAGGAAGCAUGCCUGGAAAAGGGCAACUGCGUGGCACCAAGUUUCCUUCCCAACUUCCAGUGGAAUGUCACCAGUAGCAUGGCAGGAGCAUUGAAACCUCUCCGCCUCAGCCUGGGCCAUCUGCUUAUUCUAGUGCAGUGUUUCAUUUCUGCCCUGGCUAACAUCUACAACGAGAAGAUCUUGAAAGAUGGAGAUCAGCUCGGUGAAAGCAUCUUCAUGCAGAACAGCAAGCUCUAUGCCUUUGGGGUGCUGUUCAAUGGGCUUAUGCUGGGGCUGCAGGCUAAGGACCGGAGACAGAUAGGGAAUUGUGGCUUCUUUUAUGGGCACAACAUCUUCUCAGUGGCUCUCAUCUUUGUCACAGCUUUCCUGGGGCUGUCUGUAGCCUUCAUCUUGAAGUUCCGAGAUAAUAUGUUCCAUGUUAUGACUGCUCAGAUCACCACUGUCAUCAUCACCACCGUCUCGUUCAUCAUCUUUGACUUCAGGCCUUCUCUAGAGUUCUUUUUGGAAGCUCCUGUAGUGCUUCUCUCCAUAUUCAUCUAUAAUGCCAGUAAACCAAGAGGCCUGGAAUAUGCCACUCUGCGGGAAAGGGGCAAACUCGUCAAAGGAGAUGCAUGGGAGAGGUCAAGUGGGGAUGGAGAAGAAUUUGAGAGAUUGAACAAACCAAGCAGUGACAUUGAUACAGAUGAAGAUUCCCUCUGAGGUUGGCUCAGAGGAGUGCUAUUACUCAUAGUGAGAGAAUGUUAAUAUUUUAUUAACAUAGAGAAGGAUCAUUUUUCCCCACUUGCAGAGCAAUUGAGACUGUUUUAGGGCUGGAUGUCAGAGGUGGAUGAGGAAAACGUUCAAGCCAUAUAUAUGGAGAGUUGUAUUCCCUCUUCCUGUUCAUGUAAAUCUGCUGAAUGAACCAAAAUUUGUAACAAGAAGAGGCUUGGACCCUGGACUCAGUGAUCUGCGUGACAUGUGGUACGUUGUGGAAGGCAGUCCUGGACUCUUAACCAUAUGUCUUUGAUGGCUUUGAUUGACUGUCCUGAGUCACUGCAACUUCCUGUAUGAAUUCCUUGGUUAGCAAAGCAGAGACAAAACUGUUCUCCACCUUGCAGACGUGAUGUGAGCAUUGAUGAAUGUUUUUGCUGCAUCUUCAAUGUACAAGUGCUCCAGUAAGUUUUCUUUUCAGGACAUAAGAUGUUAUUAAUAACCUCGUAAACAAUGAGGCAUAUUGUUGGUUUUAUUGUAUUUUGGCAAUUCAGAUUGACAUAUCCCUAGCUUGGUAAGAGUCCCUCUGAAUCAAUCUCAUCAGACCUUCACUUGAGAAUGUAUAAUAAAUAACUUGGGUUAAGGGUAUGUUGAUCUGUAAACAGGCAGAUCUCCAGAGUGUGAUUUGUUUGAAUGGUCUUAAUUUUAUCUUCAUUCCUGUUUUUACUCAAUGUAACUCUGUACUGACUCCUGUGGAGUCCUUUCUUUGUGAUUUUCUCUGAUGUGACUGAGAGCAGAAUAGAUUUCACUGAUUUCAGUCACUGGUUCUCCUCACAUUUUCAGUGUGAGAUUGUUGUGUGCCUGUCUCCCAGUGUCUGGGGAAAUGGAAAUCUGGAAUGCCUUUGUAGCAGAGAGCAAAUUUUACAUGCAACUUAUGUGGCCUAAUUUUGAAAGAGCUUGAAUAAAACGAAAGUGUGUUAUACAGUAUGAAUGCAUCACAGGGUCUUUUUUGUGUUUAGAGUGGCUGUGUGUGGAGGCUUAGUUUGUGCCGAGGCCACUGUCUGAAAAUAAAUAUGCAGCUACAGUGAUACCCUCCACAGCGGGAGCGCUGAGCAAGAGGGUGCAGGUGGUGGUAUCAUUUGGUGUCGCUCCACCCCGUCAGACUGAUGAGGUCUUGCAUUCAUUUUGCAGCAAGAGGAAUCAUUCUGCAGAGUGCCAGGCAUAGUGAUCUUCGAAUCACUGUUGAGGCGUCUGCUGGGUGGUUGUAUUUUGAGUGAGAUGAAAAAUAGGUUCCAAAUAAUUCAGAGAAUUUUAAAAGAGGGGUGGGAAUAGGGAGGGAUGCAGAUAAGAGAUUCUUGGUAUGUUCCUAAAGCCUCUUCUCUCAGAACAGUGGAAAAGAUACUGGUUUAUAAUUUCCUCCCUUCAAAAAUGCAUCUUUCAUAGUUGAAAGAUACCGUCAAAAGAAUUCUUCAGGAGAUAAGUGAUGAGGUCAGUGUCAAAGCCUCAUACCACAGUGUAUAGUCAUCAGUUAGCGAUGCAUUUCUCUGUGGACUGAAAACAGUCCUGCCUUUGUUCCCCUCUGCCAUCCUCUUUCCAGGCUCUGUGUAUAACAGCUUACUUAUGCAUACUGUAUUGGUGGCUCAUUGCUAUAUUAAUUAAUAUACCUCCUGUCACUGAUACAUCAAGAAGGGGGCAGCCUGUUUUCAUGUGGCCAAUGACUGUCAAAUUAUAAAUGAUGAAUCUAAAAUUAUUAUUCUGACUUCUUACCUUUUUUUCUGGGAGUAUUAACUUUUUCUAGCCUACAUGAACUGUACAACUGUUGUGGUUGAAAAAUUUACAGCUAAUCUCAUUGUGCUUGUAUAGUAGGUCAUUUUGACAAAAGGAAUCCUAAUUGUUUGCAUCUGUACAGAAUGAAUAAGAAGGCAUAUUUCAAUGUAAAUUCCAGAAACAUGGUUUUCAUUGGUUUAUGAUGUCCUGUUUUGGGAAAUGAAACAUCAACUCCAAAAAAAAAAAAAGCUCAGUUGAAGACUAAUUGCAAUAAGACAUUUUCUUUUUUUUUUUCCUUUACAUAUAGCUUUGCAAUAUAUACCUGCCUGAGUUCAUUGUCAUCUUCAUAGCUACCAACUUUUGCAGGUAUUUCCAAGAGUCAGAAUACUGUUAGCUUUAGGUUACUUUGCAUUUACAUGAGCAGUAGCUUUUUACAUUAACUUUUCCAGAGACCUUUGCCUUGUGUUGUCAGAACAUAGAAAUCAGCCUCAUACCUCUAAUGACAGAGCAUCAAACCAAAGAUGAAUGUUUUAAAAACCAUAUGUUUGACCUUCCUGCAUGAAAUAUCUGCAUUAAGAGAUAAAUGAAUGAUCAGCAUAUUUUAUAAAGUGCACUUAGUUCUUGCUUUCAACUUUUGUCCUGCUUAAUGAUUUUCCCCUCUAUAAAUUUCACCAAUGCUAUCAUGCUUAUUUGCUAAAGUCUUAGACUGCACAAAGUUAUCACGUAUAUAACUUGAUCCAAGUGUUUGCUUGCACCGUAGAGUUGGUCCUAUCUAACAUGUAGAAAUCUUUCUGUUGUCUUCAGGUUGGAGGUCUUGGAGAGUUUCUGUUGGAUUGGCCAGGCAGGUUUCUCUAUAUAUUGCCUUUACAGCAACAGGAAUGUUAACUAAAAAUGGGUCUGAAAAUGGGUAGGGAUUUGCAUCAACCUAGCAAUAAAGGAAGUGUGUAAAGUAACCUGAAAGUAUAACCAUGUCGUUCUGUGCAGGUGUUCUAUCCACGGCAAUAUUUGAAUUUAGUGUAUGCAGGAGAUUUGUCAGAGCAAGUGGCUGUAAAUGAUUGUCAGCUGGAAAGCAGCCCUGGUUAGCAAGGGGGAGCUAUUCUAUAGUUUCAAAUAGAUCAUGUGAAUCUGAUUUAAUUAAGUAUUUCCACUGUAUGAUUGCUGACCUACUCCAUGUUGGAAAGCUUACUGUUUUUCUCCUCAAAUGACAGUAAGGAAAUUUAUGUGGAGAUUUUUGGAGAGCAGCAUUAGUUUGGCACAUAGUCUGUAAUGACAUUGGGCAGAGAGCUCUUUCUAAGCUGUGAUUUAGAGCCCAGAUUCACAAAUGUUUGAACUCAAUCACUGCUUAGAAUGUUAUGUUCCUUCCUCCAGGUUUGAGGAAAUAGUUCCAAAAACCUUCCAAGAAGAGACAUUUCAUAUUUCUCUUGUCUAUAACAAGCCAAUUAAAACUAUAUUUAUUUUGUUUAAUUUCAGCUACUCUGUGAAUGUAACAACCCACCCUUGAAAGAGCCGGUGGAUGAAAACAGCCAUCUUGGGGCUGAAUCAAAUCCCAUAAAUAUGUGUAAGAAAAAAGUUUAUCAUGUGGCAUCUUCCCACUAAGGGCUGUAGAAAUAAGACCUUAAUCUCAGUAAGUCUGUCCUUGGAGUGAUGCUGCAGGGACAGAUCCAGUGCUUUGGGUUUGAUUUGUGUUUUGCAAAAUGAAGUCUUAAUUGAAGUGUGCUGAAUUGAAGCUCCUGAAUGCUUACAGCCUUCAAGAUAACUCGAUAUGUUGUUGAAAGGAUUUUUUGGCUUGGUGUUCCUUCACGCUUUGCUUUUAGUUUUCCAUAAGGAGAGAUAGGUUGCAAAAUGAGGAUUUUAAAUCAUUGCUAAAAGUAUCUGGUCGUUUUGAGCCAGUUUAUAAUGAAGGCAGGAAUCAGCACCAGAUUGUAGAAUAAUUCUGAGACUUCCUCAGAUUCUAUGAAUAUUUGAAUGUGUGGUUUUGCUUGAGAGCCCAUCCCAACCUCCCUUAUAAGUUCACAACUUGUUUGGAGUUGUCUUUUUAAUGCAACUCCCACUGAAUGCCUAGGCUGGGUUUGAAACUUGCACAAUUUAGCUUUGAAUUCUGGAGAGGGGGAAAAAAAAAAAAGCAAUUUGGAUCAAGUGUUGCACUCUCUUUU